UGUGUGUGUUCCCUACUCACUGUGUGCAAAUGUCAUGACUUUCACUUCACUUCAUAUUUUCUCAUGGGUCCCCUGAGCUCUGACUGCAUAGCUCAAGUUGUUUCUGCCCUAAAUAUAGAGUUGGCUUUUCCAUACAAUGUCAAAUGUAACUUGAAUCCGUAAGUUAAGUCACAGCAUGUCACUUGCUGGCUGACCUGCUGAGUUCCUCUCACUCUGAGCCACACUGCCUGAUGGAGUCUGUGGGAGCACUGUGCAGUCCCAAUGGGACCAGCUCCAACAUGCUGAGCUUGCCAGCAUCCUGCCCCUGGGAUGAGGACGAGGAGUCACUGGGUCUGGAAGGAAUCAAGCCUAAAUCUUCACCCAUACCGAGACGACGGAGUUCAGUGUCCUCCGAUGACUCCUUGUUUCCCCCUUCUAGCAGCAGAAGAGUGUCCUUUGCUGAUGCCUUCGGUUUGAGUCUCAUCUCAGUGAAACAGUUUGAUACUUGGGAAGUAACUGACCAACCAGGCUCUCUGGAGAGUGACUUGAAUGAAGAUAAGGAGUAUUACAUGGUUCCUCUCUUCACUCUUCCACAGACCGCUGAGGAGUUAGCCUUGCGGGUUCACAAGCAGAAGCUAGAACUGGAGAGUUUGGAGUUGCUUUCUGGGACUACAACCCUAAGAGGAACCAUUCGCGUACUGAAUAUUUGUUUUGAUAAGAUGGUCUGUGUACGUACCUCUUUAGAUUCAUGGAAAAGUAAUUUUGAUCUGUUGUCAGAGUACGUACCUGGGUCAAAAAAUGGUGGGACGGAUUGUUUCUCCUUCAAACUCACACUAGUACCCCCAUUUGGAGAAAAGGGCACUAGGGUCGACUUCUGUUUGCGAUAUGAAACAUCUUUAGGCACUUUUUGGGCAAAUAACAAUGAAAAUAACUACUCUCUGUUUUGUUGGGAAAAAUCAAAGGAAAAAUCCCAAAAUGAAAGUGAAAACAGAAGAAAAAGCUGUCUGAAAACAACCAGCCCAGAUGUCUCUGCUUUGACUGUUGCAGACACAAAUAAUGGAGAAUUUCCUGCUAUAUAUCUAAACUCUGAAUUUCUAAAUGAAACCUCUAAGAAUCUUGAAAAGGAAAGCAAGGAAUUAGUGGAGGAAAUAAGCAGAAACCACAGCCAAAGAAGCAGAAGAAAGGCUGCACGAUUACAAAAGGUUAAGUAGAACUUUGCUAAAAGGGAAGAAGAAAAUAAACAAGAGACCAAGAAAAAAGAGAGUGAAGUUACGGCAGAGACCAGCAUGCAGUAAUGUGCAUCAUUGCUGGAGAAGACACCAUGCAUUCCCCUAUUACAACAUAGUACUCAACCAACAUGUAACCAGAUAUCACCAUUACCAGCUAAGUCCCUGAAAUCUGAAGAAAUUAAAUAGAUUUUCAGUGUAGUGGAGAUUCCAUUGACAUCUUAAGCCAAGCUUUAACACAAGAUGAAGAAGACAACAUAAUCCACUCCAAGACUAAUUUAUCUACAGAAAACACAAAUUUACCCCUGGAAGGCUCCAUCAGUUGUGAUGAAUCAAUUGCAUGCUCAGCUUCUGAGGUCCUGGAAGACAUCCAACAUACCGAAUGCAUUACUGACCAAACAGUUUCAAUCAAUCAGGCUGUUCCAGUAAGCCAAAAUCCCGACUGAUGCUAAUCAAGGAAUUAAACUCUAGGAUGCAUGAGGGCAUGGAUAUUAGCAAUGGCAAACCAAGAGAAUGUGAGUUUAAAAACUAAUUCAGAUCCUCAGCUGUGUUCCCAUGGCUUCACAUUUGGGACCAUUGUAGCAACACUUUAUCACCAGGUUUUUAAAAACAUGAAAACAGAGAGCCAAAACUUCUUUUGCAAAACCGUUGGAUGGGUCAUUUAAGGAACUGGAGGAUGAGAGUCGAAGAGUGGCCAAAGCCCAUGAGACCCCAGACACUUGGUCAUAGACUUGCUUAUCUACAAAACAGACAGUACAUUAUAUUAGUGUUAGCAUCUGAAAAGAAUCAGCAGUACAAAACAUACCCCCAAAACAUACAGUAAACCCAACCCAAAACUCUCUUUCUGAGCCAAAUCAGUGUAAACAUGUUGAGAAGGCAGAAGCUUCUUACAAUCAAAAUUAUUAUUAUAAUUAUACUCAUUUAUGUAAUAACAUCAGAUUUACUGAAA